AUGGAGGCUACCACCACAGACGCCUCCUUACCUGCUGAAGUUGGUCAACAACUUAAAAGAGCCCAGGAAAAGAUCGCUGAUCUUCUGGAGGACAUUGUUCGACUCUCAGACAAGCUGCAGAGGAAGGACUCAUUCCGGGCCACUUUUAAAUCUCGGCUCCCGGCGUUGUCCAGCUGGCUGGAGAGCACACAGACCGGUGAGCUGCCACAGCAUAGCAGUGCCGCUGCACUGAGGGACACCAUCAUCUGGGAGCCUUGCUCCUCCACCUGUCAGCGGCCUUCCAGCUCUACUCCCAACAAAGGGACCCCUUGGUCUGAGGUAGUGGUCCGUAGUCGUAAGAAGGUUCCUGCCAGAACUCCGUGCGGGGUUUCCUCCUCUGUCGGCAUCCCCCUCUCCAACAAAUAUUCGGCUCUGUCCAUGACUGUGGAGCCACUGGACCAGGGCCCUGCUGAUCCCGAGGUCUCCCUGAGGGAUGCUGCGCCCCCGCUGACGGACAUCACCCGCGCCGGGCUGUCCAGCGCCGUGCCGUUCGCCUCCGUCCCCCCGUCCCUCAGCCCAGCGGAGGCGGCUCCUCAAGGACGCAGUGCGGUGGCACACUGGACGUCCUCAUUCCCGGGCGCCUGA